UUCGACAACCCUAGCUAAUACGCACGUCAGAUGAACAGCUGUUUUUGAAUUGUUGAAAAAUUAAAUGCAAAAAUUAAUACAAACUACAUUGUGCAAAGUAACGACGAAGACAAACGAAUAAAGUGUUAUUGUUGCAUCAUUAUCACUUUUGACUAUGGCGGAACACGGAUGCAUGGAUCCAGGUACUUCCGAACGCGAUCGAUUGCAACAUUUAAUGGAUCAAUCGCCCCUUGGCAAUGAAUUGGACACAAUCUUGGAUUUCUAUACUGCCCCACGGGUAAAGAUAGCUGAGUGCAUUCAUGAUAUGCGUAUACUAGUGCAAGAAAAGAUGGGAAGUUUGCUGGAAGUAACACCAUUUGGUUCCAUAGUGACGGGGCUAUCCCUGAAAUAUAGCGACGUUGACCUGUACAUGCAGUGGGAUGGCAAAAAACGUAAAUCGCGAACGGUUCUAUACAAUCAAAUCAACGGUUUUCUACGCACCGCCACGUUAUUUGGCGACGUCGUUGCCAUUCGGAGUGCUCGGGUGCCCAUUAUCCGCUGUAAACACAUGACGACUGGCCUCAGCACUGACAUUAAUGUAUCGAAUCCGAAAAGCAUUUACAAUUCCCGUUUUGUGACUGAACUUAUUAGCAGAGACCUGCGACUCAAGCAGUUGAAUUUGUUCCUUAAAAUUUGGGCCAAGAAAUCGAAAAUUAAUGGCCCCGCUUGCAUGACUAGCUAUUGCCUAUGCGUUCUGAUUGUGUACUAUCUGCAACAGCGCGGCUUGUUGCCCUCCAUCAAGAAUUUACAGUCGACACGGUUACCCUCAAAUGUGUGGGGCGUUAAUUAUGCUUACGACUUGAAGAAUGUUCCAGAGAUUUCCAAUGAUGUAAAUAGCUUUGAUUUAAUUCGUGGCUUUUUCAAAUUCUACAGCACUUUGGAUUUUGAGAGCAUUUUGAUAUCGCCAUAUUUGGGACGUGCUUUAAAUCGAACGCUAGCCUUUCUGGGACCACACGCAUUUCCCGAUUAUUACGCUCAAAUGGACGCCAUUGAACGGUUUACAGGGACACGACCAGAGAGAUUUCAAAUGCAACGCACCUUGUGUAUUCAGGAUCCUUUCGAGUUGGAUCAUAAUGUGGCUAAAGGCGUAUCGAAAGCGAAUUUAAUCUACAUUCAGCAAUGCUUCACAUUGGCUGCUGAAGCCUGUGAUAAUGCGAAAAACUUUGUAAAUACCACAAUGCUGUACGAUUAUCUGUUAUUUGGGUUGCUCGAGAAACUGGAGCAAAAUAAGCUGGCCAAGUACACGAAGUUGUGUUUGCUAGAUAUACCAAAGCAUUCACAUGUCUUACUGCCAUCCACAAAUGAUAUCAAAGUGCUGACCCGAAAUGUACAAAUGAAGAUUUUGAGUAACGACAAGAGUAUCUAUGCGCAUUGGUUAACUUGUCAAAUAGAAACCAUUAAGGAUGUUCUCUCCGAAAUCUAUGAAUUACAAAUGAAAGUACUUCAUGUCAGCCAAAAGAAGGAGUUCCCCUACUACUAUAUGUGGCAAAUAGGCACUACUUUGGACACUUGGAAGGAUCGUAAUUUCAACCAUGUACCAGGAAAAUCAUUUUAUGAACAUCAACGCGCACAAACGGACGAAUUUUCAAGCAGCCGCCGCUCAGUUAAAGCCGAUAUGAAAGGUUAUUUCAUAAUGAAAGCCAAACAGGAUAUGAGAGAGUUGCGUUUAGAAGUGCGCUCCUUGCCGGGCGAUACGAUAACAAUGACCAGAAAUGGCAAUCUCAUAAAAUUGUUUAAAUCUCUAAAGAAUUUUCUCACCCACUACAGCUUUGCCGAAAAACUCUCAAUUUGGCAAAUCCUUCAGCCGCCAAUGCAGGAUGACGAUGCGUAUGAAUCUUCAGACAUGGAAAAACAAUCUAUUUAAGUUUUAGUUUCAUUGUAAAAUAUGUUUUAUCUGCCUGAUAAAGGUUCUUGGCUAGGCCAAGAUAACGUAAUAUAUACAUAAAUAUAUUUAUCUAUAUACAUACAUGU